GUUAACAAAGGGACAGAAUGGUCCCAGGGUUCCUUCUUCUCCCUUCCAGUCAAGAGCUCAGAAUGGGAGUGGGCUGGGGACAGUGUGGGGGGCCCAAGCUCUUCGCUCCCAAAGGCCUCUGCCUCUGUGCCCUUUGAGUUCAGGUAGCCCCUGCCCCCCUCACUCCGUUAUUUCUCAUCCUCUUCUCUUCCUGUGUGUAAAUAUUAAAGAGCUGAGCCUGCAGGGCUGAUGUAGACAUGGGGAGAGAAUGAAAUUAAAAAGGAUUCCCUCGCCCCCAACCCGACACCCCCGCCCCACAGUCCCCCACUCCUGCCUCCUCCCCUCUCCCCUCCCCUCACUCAGUGCUUCCACAUUCUCUCCUCCCCCCAGUCCAGAUGGGAGCUGGCUCCUUCAGAAAGGGGGCUCAGAACAGGGUGUGGGGAGCUACCUCUUUCUGCCUCCCCCCAGCACAUCUGCCUACAGGGCUGGGAGCCCCCACGAUCCAGUGGUCCUGAGCCUUCUGAAGUUAGGAUUCUGCCUGGUGGUGGGGAUCCUGACAUCAAGGAUGGGAUACCCCGGAUGGAGGUUCCUGGGGCCUGGCCCCCAACACUAUGAAGAGCCUUUGCUGAGGCCAUGAGGGGUUACCAUGGCGACCGAGGCAGCCAUCCCCGCCCAGCCCGCUUUGCUGACCAGCAGCAUAUGGACGUGGGCCCAGCUGCCAGGGCCCCAUACCUGCUGGGCUCCAGGGAGGCCUUCUCCACCGAGCCCCGCUUCUGUGCCCCAAGAGCUGGCCUGGGACACCUUUCUCCAGAAGGUCCCCUGAGCCUGAGUGAGGGGCCAUCAGUAGGCCCUGAGGGAGGGCCAGGGGGGGCUGGGGCAGGGGGGGGGAGCAGCACCUUCCCCAGGAUGUACCCCGGCCAGGGCCCCUUCGACACCUGUGAAGACUGUGUGGGUCACCCUCAGGGCAAGGGUGCCCCCCGCCUGCCUCCCACACUCCUGGAUCAGUUUGAAAAGCAGUUGCCCGUUCAGCAAGAUGGCUUCCACACGCUACCAUACCAGCGAGGUCCAGCAGGGGCUGGGCCUGGGCCAGGGCCAGGUUCUGGCGCCGCCCCAGAGGCUCGAAGCGAGAGUCCCAGCCGCAUCCGGCACCUGGUUCACUCUGUGCAGAAGCUCUUUGCCAAGUCCCACUCUCUGGAGGCACCUGGAAAGCGGGACUAUAAUGGGCCUAAGGCCGAGGGAAGAGGUGGUUCUGGGGGAGACAGCUACCCUGGCCCAGGCUCUGGAGGCCCCCACACCUCGCACCACCACCAUCACCACCACCAUCACCACCACCAUCAGUCCCGGCAUGGCAAGAGGAGCAAGAGCAAGGACCGCAAGGGGGAUGGGAGGCACCAGACCAAGGCCGCCGGCUGGUGGAGCUCCGAUGACAACUUGGACAGUGAUAGUGGCUUCCUGGGGGGUGGGAGACCCCCUGGGGAGCCUGGUGGUCCCUUCUGCCUGGAGGCUCCAGAUGGGUCCUACCGGGACUUGAGCUUCAAGGGACGCUCAGGCGGGUCGGAAGGCCGCUGCCUUGCCUGCACUGGCAUGUCCAUGUCACUGGAUGGACAAUCAGUCAAGCGAAGUGCCUGGCAUACCAUGAUGGUCAGCCAGGGCCGGGACGGAUACCCCGGGGCCGGGCCGGGCAAGGGGCUUCUGGGUCCGGAGGCCAAGGCCAAAGCCAGGACUUAUCACUAUCUGCAGGUGCCGCAAGAUGACUGGGGGGGUUACCCCACGGGUGGCAAGGAUGGGGAGAUCCCCUGCCGUAGGAUGCGGAGCGGCAGCUACAUCAAAGCCAUGGGGGAUGAGGAGAGCGGUGACUCCGACGGCAGCCCCAAGACAUCUCCCAAAGCAGUUGCCCGGCGCUUCGCCACCCGACGUUCCUCCAGUGUGGACCAGGCCCGGAUCAACUGCUGUGUCCCACCCCGGAUUCACCCCCGGAGCUCCAUCCCUGGCUACAGCCGUUCCCUCACCACUGGACAGCUCAGCGACGAGUUGAACCAGCAGCUGGAGGCCGUGUGCGGGUCUGUGUUUGGGGAGCUUGAGUCCCAGGCGGUGGACGCCCUGGACCUGCCCGGCUGUUUCCGCAUGCGGAGCCACAGCUACCUCCGGGCCAUCCAGGCCGGCUGCUCUCAAGACGACGACUGCCUACCCCUCCUUGCUGCCCCUGCUUCUGUCUCAGGGAGGCCCGGCUCCUCCUUCAACUUCAGAAAGGCCCCGCCCCCCAUCCCGCCGGGAAGCCAGGCCCCGCCCCGCAUCUCCAUCACCGCCCAGAGCAGCACCGACUCUGCCCACGAGAGCUUCACCGCCACGGAGGGCCCAGCCCGGCGCUGCAGCUCCGCAGACGGGCUGGACGGCCCCGCCAUGGGCGCACGCACCCUCGAGUUGGCGCCGGUGCCACCCCGGGCCAGCCCCAAGCCCCCCACACUCAUCAUCAAAACCAUCCCUGGCAGGGAGGAGCUGCGGAGCCUGGCGCGACAGCGGAAGUGGCGGCCAUCCAUCGGUGUGCAGGUGGAGACUAUCUCAGACUCUGACACCGAGAACAGGAGCCGAAGAGAGUUUCACUCCAUCGGUGUACAGGUGGAAGAGGACAAGAGGCGGGCAAGGUUCAAGCGCUCCAACAGCGUGACGGCCGGUGUGCAGGCAGACCUGGAACUGGAGGGCCUGGCCGGCCUGGCCACGGUGGCCACAGAAGACAAGGCCCUGCAGUUUGGACGAUCCUUCCAGAGGCAUGCCUCUGAGCCCCAGCCCGGGCCCCGGGCCCCCACCUACUCAGUCUUCCGCACGGUCCACACGCAGGGCCAGUGGGCCUACCGCGAGGGCUACCCACUGCCGUAUGAGCCGCCGGCCACCGAUGGGUCGCCCGGCCCUGCCCCCGCCCCCGCCCCUGGCCCCGGGUCUGGCCGCCGCGACUCCUGGAUGGAGCGUGGUUCACGUAGCCUCCCCGACUCAGGCCGCACGUCCCCCUGCCCACGGGACGGCGAGUGGUUCAUCAAGAUGCUGCGGGCAGAGGUGGAGAAGCUGGAGCACUGGUGCCAGCAGAUGGAGCGCGAGGCGGAGGACUAUGAGCUGCCUGAGGAGAUCCUGGAGAAGAUCCGCAGUGCUGUGGGCAGCACACAACUUCUUCUGUCCCAGAAGGUCCAGCAGUUCUUCCGGCUGUGUCAGCAAAGCAUGGACCCCACUGCGUUCCCCGUGCCCACCUUCCAGGACCUGGCGGGUUUCUGGGACCUCCUACAGCUCUCCAUCGAGGAUGUGACCCUCAAGUUCCUGGAGUUACAGCAACUUAAGGCCAACAGCUGGAAACUCCUGGAGCCUAAGGAGGAGAAGAAGGUCCCUCCGCCGAUACCAAAGAAGCCCUCGCGGGGCCGGGGCGUGCCGGUGAAGGAGCGCUCCCUGGACUCCGUGGACCGGCAGCGGCAGGAAGCGCGCAAGCGGCUCCUGGCGGCCAAGCGCGCCGCCUCCUUCCGCCACAGCUCGGCCACCGAGAGCGCGGACAGCAUCGAGAUCUACAUCCCCGAGGCCCAGACCAGGCUGUGACCCGCCCGGCCCGCCCAGCCCGGCCCGGGCCCGCGGUUUUCUACCCGUACUGUACACCCAGCGUCGAGGUCACUGUGAACGCGGGCCGCCCAGUGCGCCCGCCGCGCCGGCACCGCACGCCCCGGCCCCUCCCGCCCGUCACACUCUCGUGGGUUUUUUACCUUCCUGACCCCACGCGAAGGCGCCCGGGCUGGGCUGGGGGCCGUGCCUCUCCGCCCUGCGCUCCCCACCUGGAACCCCCACCUUCCUGGUCCGACGCUUUGUCCCCACCUCCCCAUGGGCACCAUCUCUGCCAUUAUUUCCCCCCACGGGCCAGGCCGGGCCGGGUCCCUCAUCUGGGCUCUGCGUCCCCUCACCCACCCCGCGGGGCUGGGCUUCGUGGGGAUCAAGCUUCGUGGCUUUUUAUGAAGAAUCCCAAACCCCGCCUAGGAGCCCACCCCACCCUCCCAGGGCUCCACCUUCAGCCCUCAGCCCACAGGGCCCAGGGACCACAGUGGCUGGACCAACCCAGGACCAGGGCACCUGGGCCUCUCCCCUUUCCCAGCGGCUGGGGAGGGGAGAUGGGGGCUUCCCCUCACCACACCUGUGGCUGUUCCCACAUCCCGAGUAUCCCAGGAAAAAUAAAACCGCAGAACUGCAC